AUGGCGCUUACCAAGAAAGAAACCGAAACGGACGGAGCCGCCAUGAAAGCCAAAUACGACCCAGAGUUCACAGACAAUGUCAUUGCCGCUACGGGUUCGAAGGCCCAUCCUCGUCUAAAGGAGAUCAUGCCAAGCCUGCUACGGCACUUACACGACUUUGCUCGGGAUGUAGACUUAACAAUCGCAGAGUUGAUGGCUGGGAUUGAACUAAUAAAUGAAGCGGGCCGUAUGUCUACCGACAAGCGUAACGAGACGGGUUUGCUAUGCGAUAUCCUGGGCUUAGAAUCUCUUGCGGACGAAAUCACAUCUAAACUGCUCCUCGAAAGCAGCGAAUCUAGCGCGGUUACGCCUUCGACCGUUCUCGGGCCUUUCUACCGAAAAGACGCGCCACUUCUGCCCAACGGUAGCAGCAUCGUAUACACAGCACCGGACUCGUCCUGGUACCUACAAGCCGAGAGGUGGCUAACGCACCUGUCGGGGCGAGUGCUGAGCGCGUCGACGGGGAAGCCAGCGCCAGGUGCCGUCGUAGACAUCUGGCAGGCGGCUCCGAACGGGCUAUACGAGCACCAGGACCCGGCGCAGCCGGACAUGAACCUACGAGGACGCUUCCAGACAGACGAGCUGGGCCGAUAUGCGCUAUACUGCGUGCGCCCGUCCGCGUACAAGGUCGCACCGGACGGGCCCGCCGGUCGUCUGCUCGAGCUGCUAGACCGCCACCCGUACCGGCCUGCACAUAUACACUUCGUGAUAACGGCGCCGGGGUUCCAGACCUUGACCACGCAAGUAUUUGACCGUGAGGACAUAUAUAUUAAAGACGAUACAGUGUUCGCCGUUAAGGAUGAGUUGCUGGUGAGUUUUGAGCCGCGCGAGGGAGACGAGAAGGCCCGCUGGACGGUGAAGUAUGAUUUUGUACUGAGCGAGGCGUGA